UCGGCUCGCCAUGGCGGAAGGACGCAGAGACCCGCCGCUCCAUCCUCUCCUCUCCCUGCCACCGGCUAGCAAACGACCGUGCCUGCGCCCCGCUCCCCGGGGUCCCGGCCCCGGGCCCGGCCACGGCAGCGGGCUAUCCGCGUCCCGGCACCGCUCCCCGGAGUCCCUGCUGGACUGCGCGGCGAAGGCGGUGGCGGAGAAGUGGGCCUUCGAGAGGGUCGAGGAGCGCUUCGAGCGGAUCCCGGAGCCCGUGCAGCGCCGCAUCGUCUACUGGUCCUUCCCCCGCAACGAGAAGGAGAUAUGCAUGUACUCGUCCUUUCAGUGCCGCGUAGCCGGCGAGGAGAGUCCGGCUGCGGCUACCGCCACGAGCGGGUCGGGGGGUGCCGGCUCCGGAGCCCCGACCGCCGCAAGCACCGCUGCUACGACGGCGGCGGCGGCGGCGGUGGGAACGAGCGGAGCGGUGGGAACCGGAGACGCGCUGCCUUUCCGCCGCGGGAUCAAGUUACUUGAGACCGGCUGCGUGGAGAACGUGUUACAAGUCGGGUUCCACCUGAGCGGCACCGUCACUGAGCCCGCCUCACCCUCAGAGCCGGAGGUCACCCACAAGGUGGCCAUCAGCUUCGACCGCUGCAAAAUCACCUCCGUCACCUGCGGCUGCGGUAACCGCGACAUCUUCUACUGCGCCCACGUGGUGGCGCUGUCCCUCUACAGGAUCCGCAAACCCGAACAGGUGAAGCUCCGCUUGCCCAUCUCCGAGACCCUGUUCCAGAUGAACCGGGACCAGCUGCAGAAACUGGUCCAGUACCUGAUCACAGCCCACCACACAGAGGUGCUGCCCACGGCUCAGAAGCUGGCAGAUGAGAUCCUCUCAUCCAACUCUGAGAUCAACCAGGUUCAUGGUGCUCCCGAUCCCACCGCCGGCGCCAGCAUCGACGACGACAACUGCUGGCACCUGGACGAGGACCAAGUCCGGGAACAGGUCAAGCAGUUCCUGUCCCAGGGAGGUUACUACGGCUCUGGCAAGCAGCUCAACUCCAUGUUUGCUAAGGUGCGUGAGAUGCUCCGGAUGCGAGACUCCAACGGCGCCCGGAUGCUGACCCUCAUAACGGAGCAGUUUAUGGCGGAUCCCCGACUGUCGCUAUGGAGACAACAAGGCACGGGCAUGACGGACAAAUGCCGGCAGCUCUGGGACGAGCUGGGUGCAUUGUGGGUGUGCGUGGUGCUGAACCCGCACUGCAAGGGCGAGGCGAAGAGCGGCUGGGUGAAGCAGCUGAAGAAGUGGAGCGACAUGGACGUCUGCCCGCUGGAGGACGGCAACUACGGCAGCGAGCUACCCAACAUCACCAACGCUCUACCGCAGAGCCACCUGGCCCAGGGUCCGCACGCUCACACCAGGACUGCAUGCAUGUUUGAGGGUACUGAGCGUGUGCCGUGUUCCACAGACUCCCUGUCCAGGCCCAGGAGGACCGUGUUCAGCCGGGCGGUGGAGGCCUGCAGCCUGCACUGGCAGGGCAGCCACCUGCAGAGGAUCAUCAGCAGUGACUACUACAUGUCUGCCUCCUACCACCGGGACCAGGACCGCCUGCUCUUCAACCCCCAGGGCCUGCCCCUCUGGCUGGACCACGUACCCACCGCCUGCGCCCGGGUCGACGCCCUGCGUUCCCACGGCUACUCCAGGGAAGCCCUGCGGCUGGCGGUGGCCAUCAUCAACACGCUCCGCCUCCUGCAGCAGCGAGAGAUGGACAUCUACAAGCACCAAAAGAAAGAGCUGCUCCAGCGGGGCUUGACCACCACCACCAACCUGGAGGGCUGGGUCGGACAUCCCCUGGACCCCAUUGGCUGCCUGUUUGCCACCCUGACGGAAACCUGCCGCGUGGACGACGACAGCACCAUGGACACUGGAGAUGGUGAGGCCAGAAGUCCAGUCUACCAGCAUGUUCCAGUCUGGGGGAGUUCUGAUGGAGGAGAGUCUUACCUGACCCUGGCCCUGGAGGUGACUCUGAUGGGGAUGGGCCAGCAGAGGAUCAUGCCAGAGGGUCUCUAUGCCCAGGACAAGGUUUGUCGCAACGAGGAGCAGAUAGUUGCAAAGCUGCAGGAACUGGAACUGGACGAGCUGCUGGUGCAGACCCUCAGGAAGCAGGCCCUACAACUCCUAGAGGCGGGACCCUUCAGUGGCCUGGGGGAGGUCAUCCACAGAGAGAGUGUUCCUAUGCACACCUUCACCAAGUACCUGUUCUCUGCUCUGCUGCCACAUGACACUGACCUGGCCUACAAGGUGGCUCUACGUGCCAUGAGGUUGCCAGUUCUGGAGUCGUCGGUGGGCUCCGGGGACGUGGGCCACCCCCACCACGGCAUCUCCAUAGUUCCCAGUCGCUACCCCCGCUGGUUCACACUGGGACACCUGGAGUCUCAGCAGUGCGAGCUAGCCUCCACCAUGCUAACCGCUGCUAAAGGAGACAUGCUGAGACUGAGGACGGUGCUGGAGGCCAUCCAGAAGAACAUCCACUCCUCCUCCCUCAUCUACAAGCUGGCCCAGGACGCCUUCAAGAUAGCAACACCCGCAGACAGUCCUGCUGACAUCACCCUGCUCAAUGUGGCCCUGGAGCUGGGCCUGCAGGUGAUGAGGAUGACCCUGUCCACUCUGAACUGGAGGAGGAGAGAGAUGGUCCGCUGGUUGGUCACCUGUGCCACUGAAGUCGGUCUCCGGGCGCUGGUGAGCAUCCUGCAGGGCUGGUACACGCUCUUCACGCCCACCGAGGCCACCAGCAUCGUGGCGGCCACCGUCAUGUCCCACAACACCAUCCUGCGCCUCAGCCUGGACUACCCCCAGCGGGAGGAGCUGGCCAGCUGCGCCCGGACGCUGGCGCUGCAGUGCGCCAUGAAGGACCCGCAGAACUGCGCCCUGUCGGCGCUCACGCUCUGCGAGAAGGACCACAUCGCCUUCGAGACGGCCUACCAGAUCGUGAUCGACGCCGCGUCCACCGGCAUGACGUACUCGCAGCUCUUCACCAUCGCCCGCUACAUGGAGCACCGGGGCUACCCGCUGCGCUCCUUCAAGCUGGCCUCCCUGGCCAUGACCCACCUGAACCUGGCCUACAACCAGGACACGCACCCGGCCAUCAACGACGUCCUGUGGGCCUGCGCGCUCAGCCACUCCCUGGGCAAGAACGAGCUGGCCGCCAUCAUCCCCCUGGUGGUGAAGAGCGUCCACUGCGCCACGGUCUUGUCGGACAUCCUGCGCCGGUGCACCAUGACUGCGCCGGGUCUGGCCGGCAUCCCCGGCCGGCGCAACUCCGGCAAGCUGAUGUCGACGGACAAGGCGCCGCUCCGGCAGCUGCUGGACGCCACCAUCUCGGCGUACAUCAACACCACGCACUCUCGGCUGACCCACAUCAGUCCCAGGCACUACGGCGAGUUCAUCGAGUUCCUGAGCAAAGCCCGGGAGACUUUCCUGCUGGCCCAGGACGGCCACAUCCAGUUCGCCCAGUUCAUAGACAACCUGAAGCAGAUCUACAAGGGCAAGAAGAAACUCAUGAUGCUGGUCCGGGAGCGCUUCGGUUGACCCGGGACCACUUUCAGGAAGUAGCUCCUCGCUAUUUAAGACUUUUUUUCUACUUCUUCAGUUGAGCCAUUUUGUUUGGGUUUUGAAUGUGAACCAGGAAGCUCCGGAUGUCCAAGAUCCCUCCGAGCAACGAAUGUCACGUGAGGGGAAGAACUCAUCAUAAGAUUGUGAAAACUAGCUUUUGUGUGGCAGGCGAUAGGAAAAACCACAGAGUCCAAAAAGACGGACGUGUUCCUGGGUCCGACUGUACUUGUCAGCUUUAGGGCCUCUCGGUUCAUUCAGGGCAACACAAGACCCGACCGAGCACGUGCGGUGACGAAGUCCAAAGAUCAGAUCAGCUCCGCGUACGUCAUUCCUGUUCCAGCUCUUACUACGACCGGAGGCCAGUUUUGGGGGAGAUUCACCGUUACCUCAGCGUUCAGGUCUGGGAGUUGCUUGGAGUCCUGCGUGGUCCUUGUCAGCAACCGUCAGUUGUGUCAGCUCUUUCCAUGGCCAGACUUCCUCUUUCACAUUCCUAAUUAUAGUCCUUUGGUUGCUGGGUCACACCUUCUGAAAUGUAAGCCACAGUCCCCACACACAGACUAGGACCAAGCUUCUGAGCCACUAGGGCAGGGGUGUCCACACACACACAGACUAAGUCUGAGCCACUAGGGCAGGGGUGUCCACACACACAGACUAGGACCUAGCGUCUGAGCCGCUAGGGCGGGGGUGUCCCCACACACACAGACUAAGACCGAGCGUCUGAGCCACUAGGGCAGGGGUGUCCACACACACAGACUAGGACCGAGCGUCUGAGCUACUAGGGCAGGGGUGUCCACACACACAGACUAGGACCGAGCGUCUGAGUCACUAGGGAGGGGGUGUCCCCACCCACAGACUAGGACCGAGCAUCUGAGCCACUAGGGCAGGGGUGUCCACACACACACACAGACUAGGACCGAGCGUCUGAGCCACUAGGGCGGGGGUGUCCAUACACACACACACACAGACUAGGACCGAACGUCUGAGCCACUAGGGCGGGGGUGUCCCCACACACAGACUAGAACCGAGCGUCUGAACCACUAGGGCAGGGGUGUCCACACACACAGACUAGGACCGAGCGUCUGAGCCACUAGGGCAGGGGUGUCCACACACACAGACUAGGACCGAGCGUCUGAGCCACUAGGGCAGGGGUGUCCACACACACAGACUAGGACCGAGCGUCUGAGCCACUAGGGCAGGGGUGUCCACACACACAGACUAGGACCGAGCGUCUGAGCCGCUAGGGCGGGGGUGUCCCCACACACAGACUAGGACCGAACGGCUGAGCCACUAGGGCGGGGGUGUCCCCACACACAGACUAGGACCGAGCGUCUGAGCCACUAGGGCAGGGGUGUCCACACACACACACAGACUAGGACCGAGCGUCUGAGCCACUAGGGCAGGGGUGUCCCCACCCACAGACUAGGACCGAGUGUCUGAGCCACUAGGGCAGGGGUGUCCACAAACACAGACUAGGACCGAGCGUCUGAGCCACUAGGGCGGGGGUGUCCCCACACACAGACUAGAACCGAGCGUCUGAACCACUAGGGCAGGGGUGUCCACACACACAGACUAGGA